UUUCUUUUGUAGGCCAUAAAGAAAAGCAAAGCUUGGCUUGAGAAACUUUAAACAUCAAGGCCAGCCUUGUUCAUAAGCACCUGCAAACAGGAGAGACAGAGAGAGAGAACCCAUCAUUCCAAAGCAAAAGCGAGAGAGAGAGAGAGAGUGAGAGAGAGAGAGAGAGGGAGGAAAUUCAAGGGAGAAGGGUUUCCGAGAAGAGAGAGAAAGAUGAUGCAAACACAGAGGCAGGCAUAUGAACAACAGCAACAAGCACUCACACAAUCAGGGCAAAUCUCUGGGAGUCUAAGCUUCAACGGAACCCUAACAAAAGAAGACGAAGAGAUGUCAAAGUCGGCUCUCUCUACGUUUAGGGCAAAGGAAGAAGAGAUCGAGAAGAAGAAACUUGAGGUUAGAGAGAGAGUUCAGGCUCACUUGGGACGCAUUGAAGAAGAAAGCCGACGUCUAUCUACUAUUCGCGAGGAGCUUGAGGCACUAACAGAUCCAAUGAAGAAAGAAGUCUCACUUGUUCGUAAGAAGAUCGACUCGGUCAACAAGGAUUUGAAGCCAUUGGGGCAAACUUGUCAGAAGAAGGAGAAAGAGUACAAAGAAGCUCUUGAGGCUUUCAAUGACAAGAACAAGGAAAAAGUACAGCUAAUUACCAGAUUGAUGGAGCUGGUGAGCGAAAGCGAGAGAUUGAGGAUGAAGAAGCUGGAGGAGCUGAGUAAGAGCAUAGAAAACAAUACGCUAAGAUUGAUUAGCCUAAUGCUGAUGACUAAUUAGGUUUGUGUAAUGUAUUUACAGAGAUGACUUGUCUAUUUUUACAUAUGGGUGUCUUGGGUUUGAUUUAAUUUAUAUGGUUUUUUCUUGAUUGUUUUAAUUAGAUUUUGUUGAGGGCAUUUGCUGAUUUAGGAAGGCUAAAUACCCUAUAAACAUGCUUGUAACCAAACAGAUCUCAACUUUGGAUUUUUAUUUAUUUUUUUUGUCAUUAUUCUACUACUAUUCCCUUUCAUUCAA